AUGGAUUUUAUGAAACCUGAGACUGUUCUCAAUUUAGAUAACAUUCGACAAGCGUUGAUUCGAAUGGAAGAUACGAUUGUAUUUGAUUUAAUUGAACGAUCCCAAUUUUAUCUGUCACCAUCGGUUUAUGAGAUUAAUAAAUUUAAUAUUGAAGGAUUUAAAGGAUCAAGUUUUUUAGAUUGGUCAUUAAUUCAAAUGGAAAAGGCUCAUUCACAAAUUAGAAGAUAUGAAGCACCUGAUGAAAGUCCAUUUUUUCCUGAUCAAAUUUUAAAACCAAUUUUACCUCCUAUAAAGUAUCCCAAGAUAUUAGCUAAAUAUACGGAUGAGAUUAAUGUUAAUGAAGAGAUUAAACAAUUUUAUGUGAAUGAGAUUGUUCCACAAGUUAGUUGUAAGAUUGGAGAACAAGAAGAAAAUUUAGGAUCAGUUUCAACUUGUGAUAUUGAAUGUUUACAAGCUAUUUCAAGACGAAUACAUUUUGGGAAAUUUGUAGCUGAAGUUAAAUAUCAAAGUGAUAAAUUAAAUUAUAUUCGAUUAAUUAAAUUAAAGGAUGUUAAAGGAAUUGAAGAUUCUAUAACUAAUAGUGUGGUUGAAAAUAAAAUUUUAGAACGAUUAAUUAUUAAGGGACAAAAUUAUGGGGUUGAUCCAUCAUUAAAAUAUAGUCAAAAUCCUCAAAGUAAAGUUAAACCAGAAGUAAUUGCUAAAUUAUAUAAGGAUUAUAUUAUACCAUUAACUAAGAAGGUUGAGGUUGAUUAUUUAUUGAGAAGAUUAGAAGAUGAAGAUGAAGAAUUGGUUAAAUCUGUAGAAGUAUAA